UAGCAAGAAUGGAAGUGGCGGCGCAUGUGGACGACUACAACGCGUCCUUCAGGGACACAGUGUGGCUGCAGUCGUUCCCUUUGAACGCACAGACAGUUCUCCACUACUUCGCGCUGUCCCCGUUCUACGAUCGCUCGUGCAACAAUGAGCGUCUCAAGAUGCAGCGCCUAGGACUCGACCAGCUCAAGAAUCUGCGCGGCGUCGAGUACGAACUGCUGCCCAACGCUGCCAAGCAGAUGCCCCAGCAGCUCUUCAUUAUCCGCAAGCAAAGACGCAGUGGUCGUACGCAAGUGGAGCCACUGGCCAUCUAUUACGUGCUGGAUGGAACUGUCUACCAGGCUCCGAACAUCCACGCGAUGCUCACCUCUCGCCUUAAGAAAUGCAGUUACCGGGUGAACAAGGCGUUCCACGGACUGGCGGCGGGCGUGCGCUUCAGCCCCACGGAGGGCUACGCGUGGGACUUUAGCUCCAAGGACAAGAAGGAGCCCGUCAUUCCUUCUGAGCAGCUACAGCUCAAGCUCAAGCAGAAGUACGAGAAGAUGGAGAAGCAGCGCGAGAACUCGGCGCGUGUGGACUCCAUCUUGAUUCAACUCAUGAAGAAACACGCACCUGAAAUUGCAGAGAAGCUCGAGAACAACAAUGCCGCAGCUACAGGAGCACCAGGCCAAGAGGACGCAGCAGCCAUUAAGCGCGAAAACGACACUGGCGCAGAGGCUGCCAAACGACAGAAAGUUGCAUAAGUUUCCACCCACUAACGCAACAUAACAAUU